CCAGGCGCACUCUAUAACACUAAUUUAUUCAAGCAAGCCUAAAAUCUCGCGGUGUUACCAUUCAGACAUCUUGCAUUUUUAUGUCUGGUCUUUGGGAUUGUUUUUCAUUAAAUCUUCAAUACAUAUAUGUAGUAUAUGUAUAAAUGUAUAUAUACGCCGCACAGAAGCGAGCUUUUGUUUUCGUCUCUUGAAUCCGCCGCUUAUUUCCUCCGCGUCUACGGAUGUGAGGUCGGAGGCUGGCCCGAGCCUCGCGUGUCAAUCCCGCGGAGUGUGUACGGUCUCUCCCGGGGGCUCUCCAGCCGUAUUGUGCGUCAUCUCCAUCGCCGCCGUUUUGUUAUUUUUUCUCCGCCGAGGAAACAUGGCAACCCCCGCUGCGGUCAACCCGUCCGAAAUGGGAAGUGAGUUGCCAGGGACAGUUGCGAUGCCAGGAGCAGUUGGGUCCGGCCAGGUGAGGAUGGGAGGAACUGUGCCAGGCCGUGGAGGCAAGAGGAGAUCAGGAGGAAUGGACUUUGAUGAUGAAGAUGGAGAAGGACCCAGCAAAUUUUCAAGGUAUGAUGAUGAUCAGAUUCCUGGUGGGGAUAAGGAGAGAUAUGCCAGAGAGAACCACAGUGAGAUUGAGCGACGCCGGCGCAACAAAAUGACCCAGUACAUCACCGAGCUGUCAGACAUGGUCCCUACCUGCAGUGCUCUGGCCCGGAAACCCGACAAGCUGACCAUCCUGCGUAUGGCUGUGUCCCAUAUGAAAUCUAUGAGGGGGACUGGCAACACAUCUACUGAUGGGGCCUAUAAGCCUUCCUUUCUCACCGAACAGGAGCUGAAACACCUGAUCCUGGAGGCAGCGGACGGCUUCCUGUUUGUGGUUGCUGCUGAGACGGGCCGGGUCAUCUAUGUGUCGGACUCUGUGACGCCGGUGCUUAACCAUCCCCAGUCAGAGUGGUUUGGCAGCACUCUGUAUGAGCAGGUCCACCCCGACGAUGUAGACAAGCUGAGGGAACAGCUCAGCACUUCAGAAAACUCUAUGACAGGACGAAUUCUAGACCUGAAAACAGGAACGGUGAAGAAGGAAGGACAGCAGUCCUCCAUGAGGAUGUGCAUGGGCUCCCGGCGCUCCUUCAUCUGCCGCAUGAGGUGCGGUAGUGCUCCUCUGGAUCACAUCUCCCUAAACCGUCUGUCUAACAUGAGGAAGAGAUACAGGAAUGGCCUUGGGCCUUCAAAAGAAGGAGAGGCCCAGUAUUCUGUGGUGCAUUGCACUGGCUACAUCAAAGCCUGGCCCCCUGCAGGUAUGACUAUACCAGAAGAAGACACGGAGGCGGGUCAGACGGGAAAAUACUGCCUAGUGGCCAUUGGAAGACUGCAGGUAACCAGCUCUCCAGUGUCUAUGGACAUGAACGGCCUGUCGGUUCCCACAGAGUUCCUCUCGCGUCACAACUCGGAUGGUGUCAUCACUUUUGUAGACCCACGCUGCAUCAAUGUCAUUGGUUAUCAGCCUCAGGAUUUGCUUGGGAAAGAUAUUCUGGAGUUUUGCCAUCCUGAAGACCAGAGUCACCUGAGAGAAAGUUUCCAGCAGGUGGUGAAAUUGAAGGGUCAGGUCCUGUCAGUGAUGUAUCGUUUCCGGAUGAAAAACAGGGAGUGGAUGUUAAUCCGAACCAGCAGUUUCACCUUCCAGAACCCGUACUCUGACGAGAUAGAGUACAUCAUCUGCACCAACACCAACGUCAAACAGCUACAGCAGCAGCAGGCAGAGCUAGAGGUUCACCAGAGAGAUGGACUGACUGCAUACGACCUCUCCCAGGUACCUGUGGCCAGCGUCAGCAGUGGAGUCCACGAAGCAGGGAAGAAUAUCGACAAGACGGAAGCUCUGUUCUCCCAGGAGAGAGACCCACGCUUCGCUGAGAUGUACACCGGCAUCUCCGGCUCGGGAGAUAAGAAGAUGAUGGUUCCCUCCUCUACAGCUGGAGGACAGCAGCUCUACUCCCAGAGCUCUCCCUUCCAGCAGGGGCACUCUGGCAAAAGCUUCAGUUCCUCUGUGAUCCACGUCCCUGGUGUAAACGACAUCCAGCCAUCGGGUUCAUCCAACCAGAACCUUGCUCAGAUCUCCAGACAGCUUAACCCAGGCCAGGUGGCAUGGUCAGGCAACCGUCCCCCCUUCUCUGGACAGUCCAGUAAAGCCCAGUCCAGCCCGUUUGGUAUUGGUUCUGGCCACAGCUACCAGACUGACCCGGCCUCCUACAGUCCCCUGUCGUCCCCAGCCACUUCCUCCCCGAGCGGCAAUGCUUACUCAGGACUGACGAACCGCAGCACAGCUUUUGAUGUUUCUGGGGAAAGCAGUCAAAGUGGAGCCCAGUUCCAGGGUCGUCCCAGCGAGGUGUGGUCUCAGUGGCAGAACCAGCAUCACUCCCAGCAGGCCGGGGAACAGCACACACAUCCCAACCCCAGCCAGACAGAAGUCUUCCAGGAUAUGUUACCCAUGGCUGGAGAUCCCACCCAGGGAACAGCCAACUAUAAUAUUGAGGACUUUGCUGACCUUGGCAUGUUCCCUCCCUUCUCUGAGUAAUACCCAGCUCUUUUCAUCACUUUCCCUGUCAGAACUGGACUGAUGUUUGCAUUUAUCUCUCAUGUUCUGUCUCAUUUUUCUGCAUCGCCACCACAGCUACGUGCAGCACAGUGAAUGUCUGGGUGCACUUGUCAUUUACACGCAUACACAUAGUGCACUAAUGUUUAGGCUUCAAGGCCUGCAGUAUGUAUCUGUGACCAUACACAUACCUCAUUGUUGCAAGAGGAACCCUAUUGUCAGAUGGAAGGAGCAUGAGUCAGACGUUCUCAGCUCUUUGACUGUCAUCGUAAUGUUGGACAUCGUACAGCCUGCGACGCUCCGGUCACCAAGACUGCUCACCUGCAGUCACUAUGAGCACCAGAGGAGGUCAGCCAGGCCACCUAGCUAGAUUAGUUAGAGACUAGUGUCAGUAUUAUUAUCUGAGAUUGGAUAAAAAUGAAACAAAUUUCAAAACUUUUCCCCAAAAAUCCACGUCCACGUGAUGUCUUUUGUCACGUCUUUGUCACGUCUGCAGGCUUCCACACAGAUGACCAAAAUUUACAACUGUGCCAAAUGUGCAUAUGCAGCACCCAAUAAUGUACAGCUGAACUGCAUCCACGUCUGCUGCUGUUUGAGGCCGCAUCUGUCUCGGAGGCUACCAGGGCUCCUUUUCAGAAUGGAACAAUUCAGUCUGAGCAAAACAUUUGCUCACAGUCGUUUUCUCUCCGCUACAAAGGAAGCAGCUCUGUCAUGUGGUUGUAAACGGAGAGGGGAUUAUCAGAAAUUUGCAUUGCUCCUCAGCUGCAGCGUUGUAUUUACUUUUCAGUUACAAUUAAUGCCGUAGCGCAGUCCAAUUCACCUGUGACAAGUUUCGCUUUAGUCCCUUUUCAUAUUGGUAUGAUUGCUUUUGCUGUGUAAUGUUUGUGGAAAACACUCCACGUUGAAUAUUGACAGAAAUAUAUUUUGAGAUCAUUUAGAUAACAGUGUAUAGCCGAUGCAUAGCUUUGCUUAGGAAUGUCCUUGCAUUUCAUUUAACAGAAGCAACAGAAAACAAAAAUCAUUGUGUGUGUAUUGAAUAAUUUGUUCCACUCAGCCUAGGUUGUCCCGGAGUUGUCGCAAAGCAUCGUCUAGAGAAUAUGUGGAAUUGUCCCAUGCGUUUUCUGACCCCAGGCCGAUACAGGAGGAGCUGCAGUGUGUCUCAUUGCAGUGUCAACAGUCAGAGUGCACUGCCAGUCCUUUUACUUGAAUGCAUGGUUAUAUUAUAGCGUGAGGAUGCAGGUUGGUACGCAAUGACGCAGUUUAUACAGCAAUGUGGCAGUAACAGACAUCUGACCUGACCCAGCUCGCAUGCAUCGGCACUGACUGCCACACGGAAGAAUCAGGAAAAACUUUAUUUAUCCCUGAGGGGCAAUCAGAAGGGCCAUAAAUCCAUAGCUCUACUUUUAAGAUUGUGGAACCUGGUCUCUAUUCAGGCAGGUUGUCAUUUGCCUGACUGGUACGAUGAUAAAUUCAGAUUUUUAUCUGUCAUUCUGUCCGGUUGAUACCUGGAGUGACAGUAGAGGGCAUCAAGCAACAACACUGUCGAUUCACAUUUACAAGUAUUCCUACCUAUUCCCACAAACACAUGGUCGGAUUUAUGUUAGUGUUGAUUACGUGCACCUCCAUCUGUCUGGUGCAGCCUCUUGCACGCCAUAACUCUAAAGCUCAGCAGCAGCAGGAGAGGAGAAGCUGCUGCCGUCGCUCUGUCCAUCAACCGUAGUGUGUAACCUAUAUGUAGUGACGUCCUGAAGUCUAGGAAAAAAAACAAAAAAACAAAAAAAACUUGAUGCGAGUAUUGAAGGAUUCUGUGUAUAAAUGAAAUAACAUUUUAAAAAGCUCACCGCAGACAGUUGCUAAGCUAAGGCUUAAAGUGCACUUCAUGAAGCUAACCGCUAAUCACACCAGCCUGCUUUAAAAGGGAAAAACCGCCAUACCGUCCAUGCAAAGCGCAGUAUUUACUAGUGUAUUUGGUGUUCUUCAGCUCUCGCUACUUGACUUUGUUACUUUAUAAUCUUUUCAACGAUCAAGAGACUGAAUCAUCCUUUCUAGUUGGGGAGCUUUUACAUGAUAGAUUGUAUAACGUCUCUGACAGACAGAUGGAGGAACCUUCAGAUAUCAGAGUCCUUUUGCUAAAGAUCUCAAAUUGAUGUUUUUUUUGUAAAUAAAGUGAUUUUUAUGUCGACUCGUGUUACUUUCACACAGUACUUUUUUUUUUUUUCGUGUAGGUUUUAACGAUAUUGUGUGCAACGUGAGUGCGUAUUUAACUAUUGGUAUUAAGUUAGUCAGUUAAUUGUACAUUGAGUUCUAGACCUGUAUAAAUUGUGUAAAUGUGACCCAUUAUUUUUGUGUAACAAAUUGUGCUUGUGACAAUAAAUUCUUAUUGGUUA